UUACCCCGAUCAAUACCCCGAUGUUAUACCGACAAUCGGCUAUGUCGACAUUGUUCAAUCGUCGAGGCUCUACUUGAUACAUCAGAAUGGCCAACGCAACUUUCGCUUCUGCUAUCAAAGGCAGAUGAUAUUAGCAGUCGGUGCUUUGACAUUUGAGAGCGAUGUACGAUUGAACAAGCCAAUUGCGCUUCCACGAGGACGUAUCAUCGCGUUCUUCCGCGCGAUGGUUUGCAUGAUGUGCUUCGUGACAUGUCCAGUCGACGCGCGGCUGUCUCGAAGCAUGGGUGCGUUCGGGGUCGCGCUGUACAUUUUGCUGGCUGUCAUUGAGUCGCCAUGCGCGGCCGAGCAGAGUGGCAGCCCAGUUGAGAUACCUUUCACGAGGGAGAAAUACCAUCACAGGCCCGGCUCGUUCACGAAUGAACAGAUCGCCACGUUGUCCGGCCUCACGAAUGUCACUCACAUGAAUGAGAUCUUGGACAACAUAUGCAUUGUGAGGAUCGUGGGGACACUCGAGCACGCGCACGUCAGAGAGUACAUCAAGGAAUCGAUGAGAAGUCUGGGCUGGACGGUAGAGUCGGAUUUGUUCCAAGCUGACACACCUGUAUUUGGCAGAUUGCAGUUUGAGAAUGUAAUAGCGAAAUUGAAUCCCAAUGCAAAGAGAUACCUGGCGCUGGCUUGUCAUUAUGACUCAAAGUAUACAAGGGAAAGGGACUUUAUCGGAGCUACGGACAGCGCUGUACCAUGCGCUCAGAUGAUCAAUUUGGCUACUGUUAUGGACAAGUAUUUGGAUAGACAGCAAGAUGUCAGCUUGAUGUUGAUCUUCUUUGAUGGAGAAGAGGCGUUCGAGGAAUGGGGUCCAAAUGAUUCCAUUUACGGCGCCAAACAUUUAGCCAGUGCCUGGCACAGUAAAAAAACUGCUUAUGGUAGAGGAAACCAUUUCUCCGAGUUGGACAGAAUGGAUAUACUGGUCCUUCUCGACCUAUUAGGUGCACCCGAUCCCACUUUCUAUAAUUAUUUCAAAAAUACCGAGAAAUGGUAUUCUUUGCUAGUUUCUAUAGAGAAGAAAUUAGCUCAAACAAGAAAAUUAGAAUCGUAUUCGUAUAACAAGCCGGAACAGAGGUAUUUUCAACCAUAUUCAUUUGAAGCACAUAUCGAGGACGACCACAUUCCCUUUCUGAGAAAAAAUGUGCCCAUUCUGCACAUAAUACCGAGUCCAUUCCCACCGUUCUGGCACAAAUCAGGCGACAAUCGGCACAAUAUCGACAUGAAAACCACGGAGAACAUUAAUAAAAUACUUCGGAUAUUUGUGGCUUCUUACUUAAACUUGCAAACUGUCUAAUAAGAAUCAGAAGAAUUUCCAAAUCGCAGGGGGAAAUAAUUUGAAACAGACUGGCUGAAUAACAAUGCUUAAUCUAUUAUACAGUUUCAAAUUGUGCGUAUAUGUAUGGAAAGAAAUGUCCAAAAUAUGUAACAGAAAGUUUGUCCAAAGCAUAUCAAGAUCAAAAUAAUCGAUGAACAAUUUUAAUUUGGCGAAUAUCUGAAAAUACGUCUUUCACAAUUAGUCGUAUAUAUUUUAAUUUUUAGGUACAUCGUUUGAGACGUCUAUUUUGCAUAUACGUAGAUUGUUUGCUAAAAAGCUUUAUGAUAUUUGUAUAAAUGUACCAUACGUAAAUAUUAAUUUAUAAUUGACGCGACUGUAUGAUAUUGCAAAUAAAGCGGCUUUUAUAUUUGUAUAAAUAAUUCGAUCUGGAAUCGCAUUGUGUAUAUAAACUUUUUUGAGCAAUGUUGUAAAAUGUUUAUUAAUAAAAUCUUUAUCUUCC